AUGUCCUCCUCACACCACCCCCGCUCUCAAUACCGGAGAAUUCCUCGCGGCAUAUCCCGCCCUUUGAUCCGUGUCGAUGGUCGAGAGCAGACUAUGAGACUCCAUUCUCAUAGUCCAGAAGUCUACGAAUCUUCUUUGUUCGUGGAAGACUGCAAAGGGGAUCGGCAAAACUUGACUUAUGGGUCAUUGGAUCGGCAUGCCAUUCCGCGCUAUCGACCAGCCGGUCAAGGUGGCUUACUCGGGUUGGGUCCGAACUAUCGAAUAGUUUCACGUUCAGAUACACGACUCGAUGUGGAAAAUAUCGAUAUUGAUUCCACACGAAGGUCCCGCAGACAGUCUCUACUCGAGGACCUUCCCGAAGAUGAUGCGGCGGAGAACGUUCCAUCCGGAGUGAGCAACGAAUCAGAUCUACGCAAGGACUUUCUGAGCUUCGAUAGUGGGCAUCCAAGGAAGAGGAGACGGAUGUUGGCGGAACUGGAACAUGUCCUUUUGCGAGUGGACGAGAGCAGUGAGUCAGACCUAGACAGUGAAGCACUUUCACCCUCCAAGGACGCUUUCGAGGAGUUCAAGAGGGAUCCUGCCCAUCAGCGCCAUAUCGAACUCUUGAGAGCCACGGAAAUUCGACCCGAGGACGUGUCGGCAUGGCUUGCUUUGAUCGAGUAUCAGCCCGUUCUAUUUGGCGACGCGCACAGUUCCCGCAGCUAUGCUACUCCCUCGUCAAGAACGGUGGUCGAUCUCAAAAUAUCGCUGUACGAGCAAGCACUGUCACGCGUUAAAGGCCGCGAAGGUCGGGAUACUCUGAUCCUGGGUCUCAUGCAGGAAGGGAAGGGCAUUUGGGAUGCAGAUAAACAGGCAUCUAGGUGGCGAACCUUCCUCGAUGACGAGGCCUCGUUUGACCUAUGGCGGCUUUAUCUGAACUUUGUCCAGACAAAUUCCGUCAAAUUCAGUUUGGAGACCUGUUUGGGCAUCUACAAGCAAUGCCUUGAAAAAGCAGGAAACGAGUCAUCUGACUCGAGAGACACUAGUUCCAUAUACGUCCUUCUCCGCCUGACCUUGUUUCUGUGGCACUCUGGGUUUACGGAACGCGCGGUCGGGAUUUGGCAGGCCCUCCUCGAAUUCAAUUACUUUCGUCCCCAUAUUAGCCCUUCCACUGAACUCAUACCAUCCUUUGAGGGAUUCUGGGCAAGCGAGGUUGCGCGAAUAGGGGAGGAAGGUUCUGCGGGGUGGCGGUCGAAUGCAAACGGUGAGGUUGAGGCAAGAUGCGACAAAGAUUUCCAGGUGCAGGACAUGGAUUUUGAGGCCUGGGCAAAUGCCGAAACUGAGCUUGAAAGAACCGCAGGGCUGCCUGCAAGAGCUCUAGACGAGGUCAACGACGAUGAUCCUUAUCGCGUUCUCCUCUUUUCGGAUAUCAAAGACUUCCUCUUCUCCCCGACCACCGUGAAAGGCUCGUGGCUCCUGCGAGAUGCAUUCUUCCUGUUCAGUGGCCUUUCGCCACUAUCUUCACUGCCUGAGUCCAGAGUCUGGGAACGGGACCCUUUCAUUCAUAGCCACUUACCUCUCCCCGGCAUCUCUGUGGAAUCUGACAGUCCUGCAAACAGCAGCUUUGGGUUGCAGUUGCGCUUCCAAGAAGUCUUCCUGGCGUCUCAGCAAAUGAACUCCCGGACACGCGGCGUUUCACUUUCUAGCCCUGCAAGACUUGUCGAUUCGUCUUUCAGCUUUGUUCGCCGAGCCAUAUCUCAGCUUACGGAACCGGCAAUUGACGAAGAAUCGAGUGAUCUGCAUAUGGAAUAUGCGAUUGCAUUGGAGGCUGGAGUAGACUUGAAAUCCGCCAAGAAACAGACAAGGGCAUUUCUCAAGCGCAAGGCUGACAGUCUCAGACUGUACAAUACAUAUGCGCUACUCGAGUGCCGGCUGGACAAUUUUGAAGGUGCUGAAAAGGUUUGGUCAACCGCGUUGUCGAUGCGACAUUCGCUCGGCCAAAAAGAACAGCUUGACUCAUUCCUUCUGUGGCGUGACUGGGCAUACUCGUACAUGCGCCGAAGACAAUUUCAGAAGGCUAGGGCCCUUUUGAAUCGCAUAACAGAGGCACAGGUUGACUUAUCUCAGCUCCGAACAGAAAGCGAGGAGACUACUGAGCCAUCUACUACAGUGCGGAUAAAGGUCGACCAUUACAUCAAAACGCAUAUCGAGCAGAGCCGCUCCCAGAAUCGAGCAGAGCAAUUACCGACACUAAUCGACGUUCUAACAUUGCAUAGGUAUCUCAAUGCUGAUAUGUCCCUUGACAUAGCCCUACAGACAUACCAUGCAUCUUUAAUCUCUUUCACUGGCUCAUCGACAAUAUCUUCUGCCGUGCUUGAAGCCAUUCACGAGCAGCGGGCUCGCUUCAUUUACGCCCAUUCUGUGACCUUUGGAAGGAGCUUCAAACCACGAGGACUCGUGCCCAUUCUAAAAGAUUCAACAGAAAUGUUUCCCGACAACCUGAACCUCUUGCUUCUCCAUCAUUAUUUCCUUCAGAAGGCCGGAUUAUUUGAGCGGUUGCGGCAGCUCGACCCCAAAGAAGAGGGGCCCAACGAUGUACAAACCGGAAAAAGUAUCGUUCGAUGCGUGCUUGAGUUGAUGCUAGAACUCAACAGACCCUCGUACAGCGGAAGCACUGAUCACAGCAUUCGCUCAGCUUUCAAACGAGUGACGCAACCCGGGUCUCCUGGGCAUGACACCGCAAUGACCUCCACCUUCGCCGCGCAGCUUCGCACUAUCGCCGCAAAUUCUACGAGCGAACUCGAUCUACGCGCCCGACGAGGUGCACACGCCGAAUCCCUCAUUUUCGACCGCAGUGUCGCCGUCAAGCAAGAUUGGGAGACAAUAUAUCACGUAUGUGUGGAAGGCUUUCGAGAGCUGUGUCUACUGGAUACAAGACUGCAUGAAUUCGAACAAAAUCUCUACAGCCCUCAGUCCAAAACGCAGGACCGAGAGCUGCUGAACAAGACACAAAAUGAAGCGCUGGGGCUCGUGAUAGAUCGAUGUCUUACUCUCCUUGGAUCCAAGGUGGUGCUCCGACCCGGCCUGAAAGCGGUGGAGUGGCUCGUGCGAAGAUUUCGGGUUCAUGUCUACAACACGGAUGUGUUGCUGGCCACAUUUUUACCGUACCACGAAACACCUUUGUUCGAGAAUAUCUUGAGAAUCGUCCCAUCAGACAGAUUUGUCAGUGGGUGGAAAUUCCUGGUGCCCUACCAUAAAGAAGCUGCCAGUGUUCCUCGACGUGUGGUCAUAUACAGCGCCACUCACAACGACGCCUUUUUCUCCUUUUUCAACGACUACGUCCUGCAUGCAUGCCAGGAAGGUGUAGCCCACUCAUCACUACUACGCUUUUGGGGCAGCGUCGUUGUCGAGGCGGUAACUGGAAGACUGAGCCAGGUCAGGAAUGGAAGAAAAGAAGUGCAGAAACAGCGGACAGAGGACGUGCUGUUGAAGAUUUUACCACUGCUCAGUGAAGGGUUUGAAAUCAAAGACUGUCCAGAAUUUACAGUCACAUGUUUCACCAUUGUUCUCGUGCUAGCAGGCGGUGCGGAUCUUGGGGACCAGGUCAUCGACUCCUUGAUGAUGUCGAUUGCCCCCUUUAUUGCCGAAGAGACAUCCGAUUCUAGGUCGGCUUUGGCAUGUUUGGCUAUUCUGGUCACCAAAAAGACCGACAUGAGAGUUCCCAGAAAUGUGCUUGACAUAUUCAUCAACAGCGACGACAUAGGGCGACGACUGUCUGAUCUACUCAAAGUGGUGCCCUUGGCGUCCUUGUUCGAGGCUCUGAUCAGCUCUGCGACGUUUGGGUUGAAGCCCAAGAAUAUCGACAAAAGAAUGCGCAUAAUCGAAUGCAUAUUUGACGUCGCUGAGGACCACUGCGCAUCGGCAACAAAAAGUCGGCUCCUUGCACCGCUGCUUCGAAAGCUUUUCUCAACAGAUUUCACCCUUUCCGCAGAAUCGACAAGGUUGAUGCAUUUGCUUCAGACGCUGGCUGGCUCUUCAAAAUUCUCGCUGUCAUUCUCUCAUGCGAUGUCUUUGGCUGGCUGUACCCAGACGGAGGUGGAAGGUCUUCUCCAGCAAACGAUUGAAAGCUCUCAGCAACCACUCCUUGAAAACACACCUAUGGAGCUUGACAAUCUCGAAGAUGAAUCAUUACAGGAUUCGGAGGAAGCCGAAGCCAUGCUUGUAUCCCUUCCCCCUGAGACUACCGAGUCGUCGUUCCUCUCUUCUGGGAAUAAUCGCUCUCCUCUAUUUGACCAGCUUACUCGAACAUUCGCGCUAUGCCACAAGAAUAGUCAGCUUUUGGAACGAUUUGAGCAACUUCCACUCUGGAACAAGCCCUCCAAUCUACAUAUUACCUUCCUGUUGAGAGUGGCACUGGGCGCCUUUUCCACCCCUCAACGCAAUGCUGCGCUCCGGCUUCUCUCGGGAGUUAUCAAAGCGGAAUCACUGGGGCAUCUACAAGCUCUGAUUCCCUACAUUACUGUGCUUCUUUCUGACAACAGCCAACUUGUGCGACGAGCAGCCGUCGGUUGCAUCGCUGCUGUUCACGAGGCUGCUUCAAAAGAAGGGAACGGUGAGCAAAACACCGCCCAAACGGUGUACGAUGACCUUGGCAUGCGGAACGUCAAACCCCUGCUAUCUGCGCAAGCGGUAAAGAUCCUGGACCAAGUCUACUUGCCUUAUCUCGAAGAAUUCGUCCUGGAUCCCACUUACAUACGCAGAAUUCUUCAGACAACCUUUACUGGGAAUGACCGAACGCCCUCGUCCAAAGCUGCCGAUAUUGAACUCAAGAAGAGCACGAAGCAAGCGCUCCACGAUUUGUUGACCGGCUGUGCUCUGGAAUGUUCUUUACUGCGAGUCAAGAUCGGCAUUCUCGAGCUGCUGGUCGACGUCCACAAAGUGGGCAGCUCAAGCACCAGCAAGAUUUUGUCGCCCAUCCUCGAAACCUGGGCAUCGCUGAAACAAGGAGAAGCCGAAAAUGCCGCGUCAUCAGAGAGUCUUUCUUUGGACCAAAUAGAUGCUGUGGUGGUUCGUCUCGUGAAUGCACGAGACAAGGACGCCGUGGAGCACAUUCUCUCGAUGCUUAUCGGAGAUAGACUCCAGCCACGUGCUGCUCUGGUCAAUGCGUUUUUUGACAGAAUUGCUGGCAUCUGGAAGGAUAUGCAUCAUGAAUCACAAAUCUCUGCUGCCCUACGCCUAUUUGAUAUGUCCUUCUCCAACAACUCGGCCCAAGCUGCUGGAAGUCGUCAUGUUUUGCACGCAAUCAACCUUUCUACGGAGAUUCUUGCUGCAAUACUAGACCGCUCAUUUUCUGGCCUUGCAGAGAUGCAAACAGAUAUCCCACCCAGGAAAAGACGUCGUGUCAGCCAUGGGCGUGAAAGCAUACCGAAGGAUCUGGCAUUCGAACUGGAUAUCAGUGAGGCGAGAUUGACUCUUGCGCUGGAGCUUGUGGAAGAUUCCAAACCACAAGGACAUCCACAACUGCUCGGAGGCUUGUUCGAGGUAUUGAUAAUCCUCAGACGACUCAAGGACAAGGGCACAUCUGAAUCUCCGUACCUUCUCAACCUUUGUCUCAGCAGCAUAUUGGCAAUCAUCGACAGCGCACGAAAGUCUCCGAGGUCAACCAUCGACUUCUCUAUUAUUCGUACUGACUUGGUCACGGAUUGUGUUCGAUCGUCAGAAAAUCCACAGGUCCAAAGCACUGCUCUCCUUCUCUCGGCCGCCCUGGCUUCUUUGGCUCCAGAUCGGAUAUUGCAUAGCAUUAUGCCCAUCUUCACAUUCAUGGGUAAAAGCAUACUGUCAAAGGAUGAUGAGCGCUCAAUCUACGUUACCAAUCGAACCAUUGACGAAAUAAUCCCUCCGUUGGUUGCCACUUUGAAAAAGCAGGAUGCCAAAAAGCUUGUUCAUUCGACUUCAAGCCUGCUUUCCAGCCUCGUCACAGCAUACGACCACGUCCCUCAAUACCGAAGGGCCGCAUUUUACCAGCGGCUUCUCAGCAGGCUUGGUGCUGAUGACUUUGCCUUUGCUGUCAUAGCUCUUCUCGCAUCGAGGCGACAUGCGGAAGAUAUGUCCUCGUUCUUUGCAAGCUUGAUGGCAGAUCUUUCGGCAUCAACUCAGCUGUUGACCUUUAGAAAGCUUGUCGAGCUGAGUGUUGAUAUUUUCUCCGAGGAUCCUCACAAUGCCGUUCCCUUGCUAGACAUCAGCAGAACGAGCUCGGAUGAGAAGAAGGAGCAAGAAGCAUUAACCUUACUAGAAGUGGCUUCGAAACUCCUCCAGUCCAAGACCCUCAAAGCGCAGGUAAAGAGACUUUCAAAAUCCGAUGAAGCUGGAAAUGAAAACUUCUGGGUUGAGUUCAGUGUCUGUAUGACGCGCGUCCUUAGUAUGCUCAAAUCCCAGAAGUCUAGCCACGGCAGUCUGACCCCAUCGACGAGGAAGUGUCUGAGCUCGCUCCUUGAAUUACCUUCCCUCGCCGACCUUCUCAAGAUCAUGCCCAAUCUACUACGGGACAUGGCACAAUCCGGAGAAGGUCAGCAGGAGCUCCAGCCUCUGGCGCUUAGAGUUCUUGCAACACAGCUCAAACAUACUGCUCCGAGCUCAAGGGAUACCAAGACGCAAACGCAAGCCAUUGCAUAUCUCCCAACUCUGCAGCACAUUAUCCGCAGCACGGACGAUGAGGCACUCAGGCAUGCAGCGAUUGCGUGUGUUGAUCGCAUAACUGAGGCAUACGGACGCAAGAACCCAGAAGAGGUCAUCAGCGCCUCUACCGCCUUGAUUGAAAGCGAAUUCGGCCUAGAUUCCCACAAUGAAAGGACAAGGAUCAUGUCUCUACUCUGUCUUGCCAGCACGACGGAGGUGCUUAAGGAAGGAAGUGUCCCGAUAGUGGUACAAGCCCUUCCUAAAGUCUUGCGUCUGUUGGAGUCGUUCUUAACUCGACAAGGCGAAAGCAACACCAGCGAAGGCCGAGCGGAACUGCACGACGCUUGCUUCACAUUGCUUUCUUCGUUCAUCACGCACACUCCCUUUAUCAUCAGUGACGAAAGCAUUACUGAGAUCAUCAGUCUAUCCUAUCGCUCAUGUCUCGCAGAGCCGGACGAGGUGUCACGCAAGGAGGCUCGACAUGAGACGCUGAGCCUCAUGGCGCAGCGAUUGGACUUGAAGACGCUCGUAAGCAGCUUGAAUCAGGCUUGGAAACUGGCGGUGGUAUCCGGCGAGAAGGUCGAUGGAGAAGCGAUCACUGAAUUCCUUGACAUGCUUUCUCAAGCAAUUGAGAGCAAUUCGAAAUCUAUCGUCAUGGGUGCUGCCGAUGAGAUAUCGGCUUUCAUAUUGGACGUCCUAGAUCUGCGACGGCUCAUUCAACAGAGAGACAGUGCUGACCAACAAGCCCAUGCCGAAACUGUCGCCUUGUCGGACAUUGAGGAUGUGGAAAGGAGACUUCACGAGUUGGGCAUCGUGUUCAUUUACAAACUCAACGACACUAUAUUCCGACCCAUCUUUGAGGGAUGGGUUGACUGGGCGACCAGAAAAAGUUCUGGGACUUCCACUUCUGCCGAAGGCAACUUGCAAGAGGAUAUGGCACGGUUGGCCAGACAAGCAAGCUUCUACCUCUUUGCCACCCAUUUCUUCGCGACCCUGAAGAGCAUCGUGACGAGCUACGCAAGCUACCUCCUCCCCUCCGUGAACGAUGUCUUGCAGUCGGCCAUCAACAGUGCCUCGUUGCCGGUGCAUGGAACGAAGUUGAUUGCCGCAGAUCAAAAUUCUGAGACGAAACCCUCCCUGCACAUUGACCUGUCAGAAGACACCGGCCUGCAACUGUACAAGUCGACCAUGACGCUAUUGACGACGAUCGCGACCCACGAUGCAGAUGGAUUCUUUACUUCGCCCUCACAUUUCCAACCUCUGGCCAAUCUUCUCGUUGGGCAGUUGGGCCUUGUCUCGUCUCCCAAAUCCCGAUCCAGAUCCACACCUGCGGGCAACACUAUGCCCAAGAGCAAGGGCGGAGCCAAGUCGUCCUCGUCCUUGCGGGGCAUGAUCUUCGACACGGUGAUCCCGUGCAUCGUGGCCCUCACGACCGCCGUGCAAGACGUGCCUCCGCACCACCACGUCCUGAACCACCUGCUCUGCCAGCUCCGGCGCAGUCCCUCGGCGGCCGUGCGCCUCGCCAGCAUCCGCACGCACAUGACGCUGACCGAGUCCUCGGAGGUCGGCGACGAGUGGCUCCAGAACGUCGUGCUGGGCCAGUCGACCACCGCCGCGACCGAGGGUGGUGGUGGUGGUGGAGUCGCCGUCGGCGGCGCCGGCGAGACCAUGGUCUACGUCAACGAGAUGCUCGAGGACGACGACGACGAGGUCGAGGACGCCGUGAGGGACUGGGUCAGGACCGUCAGGGAACGCGUCGGCGAGGACGUUUUUGAGUUUUAG